AUGGAUUUACUUACUUGGAACUUACAAUUCCAAUUGAGAACAAUAUUAAAUAAGAAUACAACAAUGUUAAUGACAUUUUCCAUGGAAGAUUUUUCAAUGCAAGAGCCAUUGAUAUACUUCAUUUCCAAAUUAAUUGAAUUAAUAUCCAAGAGUUGCAAUUUUUUCAUUUUACUCAUAAUAACACCAAUCAUUUUAAUUAAUUUGAUUGAUUUAAGUCUCUUUUGUGGGAGAUGGGCAAAAUUCUUAGUUUGUCUUUCAUUUUAUUGUAUACUAAGUGAAAUUAUUAUUACAGAAUCCUUCGAACAAGACGAUCAAGAACAUUCCCGUAUUGUUAUUGGGCAAGAACAAGAACAGGAACAACUUAGAAUUAAGGUUCCUCGUUCCACAAAACCAAAGAAUAAAGAUUGUAGAGAUUUAAUUAUAAGGGAUAAUUUUUGUAAAAAAUGUUUACAAUCCAAAAAUACAAAACGUUUAAAAAUAUGA